AUGUUCAACAACCAAGCCGCCUGGCUGGCAGGAAACAAAGUUCACCCCCUUCAAGUCAAAUCGGCAACUUACACUAGCCCACGCGAAGGCCAAAUUGUAAUCCGCAACUACGCCACAGCCAUCAACAUAAUCGACUGGAGACUGCAAGACCUCGGAACUUUCAUGAUGUACAACUGGAUCAAAUACCCUUGCAUCCUAGGAUCCGAUGUGGCGGGUGAAGUGGUCGAGAUUGGAUCGCGAGUAACACGCUUCAAAGUCGGAGAUCGUGUGGUCGGUCAAGCCGUGGGAAAGGAUGAAAAGCGCAAUACCGAUGCCGAGGGGGCCAUCUCUACGGCCGCUUGUGGCCUUUUCCAGACAGAUCAGCUUGGACUUCAACUCCCUUCCGUCAAUUCCAAGACCAGGGGCGAGACCCUGCUGGUUUGGGGCGGCUCAACCAGCGUGGGCAGCAGUGUUAUCCAGCUCGCCGUGGGUGCUGGGUAUGAGGUCUUCACGACGGCAUCACCGCAUAAUUUCAACUACGUGAAGAAGCUAGGUGCGGCUCAGGUCUUCAACUACAGAAGCAAGACAGUCGUGAAUGAGAUAGUAAAGGCCUUCCAGGGAAAGAAGGCCGCUGGCGCUAUUUCCGUGGCUUCGGACGGAACAGAGCGCUGCAUGGAUAUCCUAGCCCGGUGCGACGGGAAGAAAAUUGUUUCCUUAGCUGCCUACCCGGUUCCCGACAAAGUGCCCGCUCAUUUUCCCAUUUUGCAGACUAUGUUCAUGUUCCUUACUCGCAGCCUUGUCUAUUGGUUCAAAUCCAAAACCAUGAGUGUCAACUACAACAUGAUCUUUGCGACUUCUCUCGUUGAGAAUGGGGUCGGAAAGGCUAUUUUCGAGGGUUAUUUGCCCCACGCUCUGGAAAGCGGUAAGUUUCUGGCGUCUCCAGAGCCAAUUGUGAUAGGAAAUGGGUUGGAAAGAAUCCAGGAUGCCCUAGAUCACCAUAAGAUAGGGGUGUCUGCCAAGAAAGUGGUUGUUACUCUGAAAGACUGA